AUGCUGUCUUCUCGGUCGAUUCUCAAUGCCUUCUUCGUGUUGGCUGUCGCUCUGGCUCUUGUUCCUGUAGCACAGGCCAGCAUCUACGCCAUGGCAGAUGGUGUCAACUUCAAUGCUCUAGCACGUCAAAAGGCUCAGAAAAGAGCCCAGCAGAAUUAUUAUAAAGAAAUCGUUCGGAAUCCAUUCCGGCUCUUCAAACGCCAGGAACCUGAUCCCGGCACACCGAUUCCCACCCCCACGGACAUUGGAACAAUAUCAAAUACGUCAACGACGACGUCGGCAGAAACCACUACGUCAGAUAUCUCGAGUAGCAUAACUACUCUGGAGCCAACCUCCACCGAUGAUGGUACUACUACUUCCACACCUAUACCAACUACCGCUCCUCCUUCUUCUACUUCUACUUCUACUUCUACUCCGACUCCUACUUCCACUGAAGACGAGGUGACCUCUGAAUCCAGCACGGAAGUUGAGUCUUCUACUUUUACUUCUUCAUCAUCAAGCAUUUCCACUACUUCUACCGAAGCCGAAACCACUUCGUCAGAGACGGAAAUAACUACGACUGAUGGUAUAACUACUACUCCUAGCAGCAGCACCGAUCUCCCUUCCUCUACUGACGUGACCACCACUUCUGAAGCUCAAACUACAACAGAGGAUGUAUCCUCGACAGCAGAAGAAACAUCCACUACGACCUCUGAUGGACCGUCAGAAACAUCGACUGAAGUAACAACAACAACCGAAGUGGAAAGCUCGACAACAACAAUAAGAACAACAUUGGACACAACUGUGAAAUCCGCUUUUACAACAGCAUGGUCAACAAGCACAUUCACGCUUCCGAAUGGUGCAGUCGGCACGGUUACAGAAUUUUUGGUUGUGGUUCCGACUUUAGGACCGACACGGGCGCAGAACCCGCAAGAGACCGAAACGGGGACUGGUACUGCUUCGCUUCAUACCAACGCAGGGACAUUCUACACCCCUGGACCAGUGGCACCUGUGGUUGCAUUGAUGGCCGUUCUGGGUUACGUUGGCGGUGCUGCUUUCUAA